AUGUCUAAAUCUGGAAAUGGCCUAAAAGAACAUGAGCACGAGUUCCCUGUCCUUACAGCCGUUACACGGGAUAUUCUUUCAAUCCCUACGACCGGUGCUAGUGUUGAGCGCCUUUUCAAUACUGCGCGGGAUGCCUGCCACUAUCGCCGUGGCUCAUUAAAUUCAACAACUAUCCAAGACAUUAUGAUGUUCCGGUGUACUAGUCGGUUUGACGUUAAGACCGAAGAGUAUAAAGAAGUCCUUCUUUCCCUCGAGGCCGUACGGGCUGCAGAUGAGCAAUCGGAAGCCCACCUUUCUCUAGUUGACCAUAUAUCUAUUAGCGAUGGCGAAGAUGUGAGCGAUAAGGAUAAAGACGAAGACAAUAAUGUUCUGCUAGUUAUUCAAGAUGAGUUCACCAGUACAAGCCAGCGCGAGGAUCGCUAUAGAAGCCAGCUAGAUGUCCAGGAAGAUAAUACGCAAGCAUCUCAAAAGCGACAAUCAAGUAUGCUGGCUGAAAGCGACGAUGAUAAUGACCAUCCCCUUCCAGAUAAUAGUGGUACUCAACGACGGGCUGGAUUAAGAGAUGCACGGAAGCGCUGUAAAACUAAUGACCCCUAA